UCUGCGGGCGGAGGCAAUCAAGCCCUACCGCUCUUCACACCCCAGCCUCGUCCACGGUUCUGCUUUUUCUCUCACCCUCAACUCCUUUUAGUUUAACAAUAACCCACGUCCUUUGGACCAACUCCCAGCCCCCUCCAAAGCUAGCAUUUCCCAUCCCCUGGUUGGACAGAGUCAGCCUUCAUCUUCCAGCCUCUCCCUGGAUACCCAAACCCCUCGGCUCUCGAGGCCCCGCCCCUUACGCCAUUCACUGCACAGGAGCUGGAAGCAGAAGUGUGGUUCUGCGCAUGCGCGAGACGCUGUCUUGUCACCUGGAAUGCGGCAGCCAUGUCACCUCGCGUCUCUAAGCGCGUCUGAAGUAAAUUUUUCCCUUAGUUUGUCCUGGCCCCGCCCCAUCCAUUUUCCAGGCCCUGGAGGCGGAGGGCUGGGCUUACGGAAAGGGAAACCAUCUCUGCUUUGGGGCCAGGGGCCGAGAAUCUCCACGUCGCCGUCGCUGCGCGGGUCCCAGGAUUUCUGCGUGCUGGGAAACAUGGACAAAGCAAGAAGAGCUGCUGGGUUACAGAAAAAUAUGAUACAGGACUUACUGACCUUUGAAGAUGUGGCUGUAUACUUUACCAAGGAGGAGUGGGCUUUGCUGGAUCUUAUUCAGAAGAACCUCUACAGAGAUGUGAUGCUGGAAACCUUCCAGAACUUGGUCUCACUAGGGUACCAAGUAUCCAUACCCCAUCUGAUCUCCCAGUGGGAACAAGAGGAAGACCUGCUGAAGGUAAAGGGAGGACUUAUCCAGGGCAUUUGUAUGAAAGAACACCAGGAAGUUUCAGGUUUUGAGACUCAACUCAAUACUAAUGAAUUAGUUGCUUUUCAAGAUAUUGAUGGAGAAAAAACAUCCAGAGAACAGAAAAUAAGAGUCAAAAGAACUGGUUCCUGUUCCUUUAUUUUACAUGAAAAUUGGGAAUCCCAUGGUGUUGAUGAGCAGAACAAAAGCCAUGAGAGACAUUUGAGUCACAUGGUGGAGAACAUCUAUGAAUGUAAUGAAGAAAAUCAGUGUGAACAAAUUCCAAAUCUUAAUGUGCUCAAGAGAACUAUUGAAGUAAAAUCCUAUGAAUGUCGUGAGUGUGGGAAGGCCUUCAUGUUUCAUUCAUCCCUUAAGAAUCACAUCAGAUCUCAUGCUGGAAGCAAACCCUACCAGUGUCAGGAAUGUGGGAAGGCCUUCCAUUUUCUUGCUUGUUUUAAGAAACAUAUAAAGACCCCCACUGAAGAGAAGCCCUAUGAAUGUAAGGAAUGUACCAAGGUCUUCAGUUGUUCAUCAUUCUUUAGGGCACAUAUGAAGAUUCACAGUGGAAAGGCAAACUAUGAAUGUAAGGAAUGCGGGAAAACUUUCAGUACUUCUUCAUACCUCACAGAACAUAAAAGAAUUCAUAGUGGAGAUAAGCCUUAUGAAUGUAAGGAAUGUGGGAAGGCCUUUAGUUGUUCUUGUUCGUCAUCACUCUCCAAGCACAAAAGAAUUCAUAGUGGGGAUAAGCCAUAUGAAUGUAAGGAAUGUGGGAAGGCCUUUAGUUCUUCCUCUCACCUUAUAAUACAUAUCAGAAUUCACACUGGAGAGAAGCCUUAUGAAUGUAAAGAGUGUGGGAAGGCCUUCAGUGAGUCCUCAAAACUCACUGUACAUGUGAGAACACACACUGGAGAGAAACCCUAUAAAUGUAAGGAAUGUGGGAAAGCCUACAAUUGCCCCUCCUCCUUGAGUAUCCAUAUGAGGAAACACACUGGAGAGAAACCCUAUGAAUGUCUAGAAUGUGGAAAAGCCUUCUAUCUUCCCACUUCCCUGAGUACACAUGUGAAAAAUCAAAGCAGAGAGAAACCCUAUGAAUGUAAGGAAUGUGGGAAAGCCUUCAGUUGUCCCUCAUCCUUUAAAGCACAUGUGAGAGAUCAUGCAGGAAAGAUUCAAUAUGUGUGUAAGGAGUGUGGGAAGGUCUUUAGUCGUUCCUCGUCCCUCACCGAACACUUGAGAACUCACAGUGGAGAGAAGCCUUAUCAAUGUAAGGAAUGUGGGAAAGCUUUUAUUAGUUCCUCCCAUCUUACAGUUCACAGAAGAACUCACACUGGAGAGAAACCUUAUACAUGUAAGAAAUGUGGGAAAGCUUUUAUUUAUUUCUCAGCCCUUAGUAUCCACAUGAGGACACACACUGGGGAAAAACCAUAUGAAUGUAAGGAAUGUGGGAAAGCAUUUCGACAUUCUUCAUACCUUACUGUCCAUGCAAGAAUGCACACUGGAGAAAAACCCUUUGAAUGUCUGGAAUGUGGAAAAGCCUUCAGUUGCCCCUCGUCCUUUCGAAGACAUGUGAGAAGCCACACAGGAGAGAAACCAUAUGAAUGUAAGGAAUGCGGGAAAGCCUUUAUCUGUCCAGCCUACUUUCGAAGACACGUGAAAAUCCACACUAGAGAAAACAUAUGAACAUAAAGAAUAUGGGAAUAUCUGCAAGGCUUUUUCUAAUCUUAGGCAACUUGUGAAGUCUCACACUGUGGAGACACCCAAUGAAUGUGAGAAAGUAGGAGAUAGUCACUCAUUCUUUUGAAGACUUGAAGUUACCUAUGUGAAACCUUGUGUAUGUAAACCAUGUAAACCCUUCCUGAACAUUACUUCACUUAUUACAUAUAAGAAAAUUCAUAGCAGAAAACAUCAUUUCCUCAUUCUUAGGGUAGUCUGCUGACUCAUUUUUUACUGUUUUGUAAUGAGAUUAAAGGUGACAAAUUUACUUUUUCAGCUGUAGGUAGAUACUUUUUAGUAUGAGAUGUGUUUGUUUUGGUUCACAUCUAAGUGUUAUUUCCAUUUUUUUUCUUUCUCAUACUGGGGAUUGAUUUUCAGUUUUAUAAAGCCUUUUAGACCUAUGGCUUAUUUGAAAUAUAUACAGGAAGUCCUUGACUUACAAACAUUUGAGUUGCAAACUUUCACAAGGUGCACCAUAUAAGACUCACAUUGUUGGCUUAUGAACGAAUCCAACUUAUGAACAAUUCUCCAAGAAUGGAACUUGUCUGUAAGUCAGGGACUUCCUGUAUAUAUUUUGAGACACGGUCUUACUGGCCUUGAAGUUCUGGACUGAAGUAAUUCUCCUGCCUCAGCUUUCUAAGUAGCUAGGACUAUAGGCACACACCACUGUGCCUGUCUGAAGGAUAGCUUUUCCAUAUGCAGGCCUUUAAAAAAUUGUUUUCCAAUUCUUAUUCUAUUAAGUCUAUAGUUAUAUAGUUACAGUAUAGAUACUUAGAUUUUUUUUUUUGGUGUGAUAGAAGAUACUAGAAGUUGCCUACCCAAUAUCCCAAUAUUCCCCCCUUUAUCUUCUUCCUCCUCUUUUUUUGUAAACUAAGAGAACCUGUAGUUUUUUGUUUUACUUUUUGCUUUUGAUGGUAUUAGGGAUUGAACCUAGAGCCUUGUACUUGUGUAGAGCUAGGCAAAUGCUGUACCACUGAGCUACACCCUCAGCCCAUUUUAUUUUUAAUUUUGAGACAGAGUCUUUCUAAGUUGCCCAGGAUGGCCUCAGACGUACGAUCCUCCUGCCUCAACCUCCCGUAUGGUUGGGAUCACAGACAUGCACCACUGUACCUGGCUAUAGUUUUUGAAAAUAUAAAUUUUUACUAUCAAAAGUUUUUUAUGUGUAAUACUUUCACCAGAUAUUAAUAAGUACGAAGAUUUUGAAAGAGGAUAGUCUCACCUGAUAUACUAUUUUCACAUUUUGUUCUCUGUUCUUGCCCAUGGCUGGGAUUUGGAUCCAGUAUUUUGAGUUAAAAAAUUGUGCUAUGUUAACUGGUAUGGUUAGGGACUUCACUUCCCAGAAUCACUUCCUUUUCCAGUUCCAGUAUACAGUAGUUUACAAUAAGAGGUUGUAUGAGAUUUGGAAGGCUGAAGGGAUGAAAUCCGUGUUAUCUGUGUAGUAGCCCUAUAAGACGAGUAGAUUCAUAGUGGCCUGGUGGGACUCUGGCUUUUAGCUAAAUUUUCUGUUGAACCCACUGAUCCAUACUUGCUCAAAACUGAACAUUAAGUGCUUGACUUUGGACUCCUCAGAGGCUGUAGCUCCAUAGACAUCUCAAUGAGCUACUCCAUCAUGGCUGUACACAGCUUCUUGGAUUUUCUAGUAGACUCUGGCAGUGUCACUCUGGUCCUUCUGGCACAUUAAUUGCCUUCUUAGAAUUGAUCCCCAUUUAGGGCUAGAUUGUUGUCAUGUGCAGAGCCCAGUGCCAUGAUCAGUUUGAUCAUGAGGAAAGACACAUCUGUGCAAGCCUGCUGUGGUUUCAGAAGCAAGUGGAGCUAUGGAUAGCAUGGGAGUUUAUGCUAGGUAUAAUUGAGGCAAUCAACAGACAGGCAUUACCCAGUUUUAGUGGAGGAAGAUUUUUAUUUGACAUCUUGAAACAAGAUUUUAUGCCUUUUUAUCUGACAGCACUAAUACUUAUUUAAAAUACAUUUAGCUACUCCCCUUUUCUAUUUUUAUUUCUUGAAAAUAACCACUUUUUACUAUUUUAUUAAGGUAUACAUACACUAAUAUGCACAAAGUGCUAAUUCAUGUACAGCUUGAUGAAAUUUCAUGUAUUUAUACAGCAUGGUAAACAUAUUUUCAGGACUUUAGGAAGUUUAUUCCUUCCCUUUCUCAAUAACUCCAGAGAGGCAACCCAGUUUUUAUUCAUUACAAUUGAUUGGAUUUGCUUGUUCUUAAUUUUUAAAUAAAUGUUUAAGUACAAUGUG